AUGGAAAGAAGUGAGCCUACAUUGGUUCCAGAAUGGUUGAAAAAUGGUGGAAGUCUGAAUGGUGGUAGCACUACCUCACAUUCAGUGGGUCAUGCUGCAUCAAAUCUUGCAAGAAAUAAGUCAUUCGUGCAUAGUAAUGGUCAUGAUUCAAGGCAAUCAUCUGGUUCUGAUAGAACCACUUCGUCAUAUUUCCAACGGAGUUCUAGUAGUAAUGGUUCUGGUCGUUUGAGUUCUUAUAGUAGUUUUGGUAGAAAUCAAAGGGAAAGGGAUCGGGAUAGGGAUGUAUAUGAUUCUCGUGACAAAGAAAAGCCACUUUCGGGGGACCAUAAGCACCGAGAUUUUUCAGAUGUUUUUGGGAACAUUUUGCCAAGUAAAUUUGAGAGGGAUAAGUUGAGUCGUUCACAGUCCAUGAGUUCUGGGAAACGUGGGGAGACAUGGCCAAAGAAAGUUAUAACAGACUUGAGUAGUGCCAGUAGAAACAACAAUGGUUUGCUUAAUGAGGGCAGUCCUGUCGGCAUUGCAAAUAAAUCAGCUUUUGAGAGAGAUUUUCCAUCCUUGAGAGCUGAAGAAAGACCAGCCACUCCUGAGGUUGGAAGAGUCCCAUCUCCUGUCUUGAGUACUGCCAUUCAGAGCUUACCCAUUCCCUCCUCAACUGUGAUAGGUGGUGAAAAGUGGACCUCAGCAUUGGCAGAGGUGCCUGUGUUAGUCGGUAGUGACGGAAUUGGCAUCUCAUCUUUGCAUCAAUCCACUUCUUCAAAAUCUUCCUCUAGCACUUUUGGGACAAGUUCUGAUCUCAACAUGGCCGAAACUGUGGCUCAGAGUUCUACUCAUACUCAGAUUACUACUCAGUCAUCUGGAACUCCGAGACAUGAAGACCUUGCAAUCAAACAAUCUAGGCAGCUAAUUCCCGUGACACCAUCCAAGCCGAAAACCUUGGUCUUGAAUUCUUCAAAUAAACAGAAAACUAAGGUUGGCAAACUGCAUACACUGGCAUCUUCACUUCCUGUUAGUCACUCCCCAAGCGGGGUUCCUGAGGAGUCUGACUUUUCAAAGACAUCUAAUGUGGGAAAGCUCCAUGUUCUGAAGCCAGUGCGAGAGAGAAAUGGUGUCUCUCCUUACGCUAAGGAUAACUUGAGCGCAACUAGUGGUAGCAAAAUCUUGAAUCCCACUCUUGUCGCUUCGGCUUCUGGAUCUGCAGUGACUAGGGGCCCACCACAGAACCCCUUCCAUGCCGGUGCCAAUCGCAAGCCCGUAUUGACUGUGUUGGAGAAGAAAUCAACUUCUCAAGCUCAAAGUCGAAAUGAAUUUUUCAACCUCGUGAGGAAGAAAUCUUUGGUAAACUCGUCUCCCGUUCCCGAUUCAUCCUUGGCAAAUCCUUCAGCUGCUCAUGAUCCAUCUAUAGCAAACUCCUCAAAGGUUCCCGAUCAUGAUUCACUCGCAUCACCAUCUGUUUCGGAUAAGCUUGGUGAACUACAGGAGGUGGUGGCUUCUAAUACUCAGGCGGGUCAUACCUUAUCAUCUGUCAGCCUGAGUGAGGGCCAUUUGUCAGUGGAGAGAGGUGACUUGACCUGCGAUAGUGAUACCUGUAAUAGGCAGAAAUAUGUUAACAAUGGAAAUGAAAAUUUUAGCAUGGAUUCUGCAUUUCCUGAAGAGGAAGAAGUUGCCCUUUUACGCUCUAUGGGCUGGGAGGAAAAUGCUGAUGAGGGUGGUCUUACUGAAGAGGAAAUUAGUGCUUUCCACAGAGAUAUGGCUACCAAGUACAUAUAUCCAAGGCCAUCGCUGAAUAUAUUAGGAGUACAAUCGAAGUUUUUAUUGCCUCUCGACUCUCAAAUUGGGACUGGUGAUGGCAUUUCUUCUGGAUUGAGUUUGUCUGACACUAAUCUAGAAUCUUGA